AUGUUCACUGUUAUUGCCCGUCGUGUUCCGCUUACUCGGCUUGUCCUCUCAAGGGGUUACACCUCAAGUGUCAAAGAAGGCAGUGUUGCUCAGAGCAAGGGAUUCUCGAGAAAGCUCAUGAAGGCACGAAGCGAGCUGCUGCGCAAGCUGAAAGCUGAGAUCGAGGCGAAGAAGGAGGAGCUUGCCAGACUUCAGGAGAAGCAUGACGAGGUCAACUCAAAGCAGUAA